CUUCAGACAAACGGAAUCAAACAGUUCCAACGGUUUAACCAGUCGUAGCGUUCAACAGUCAAAUUGGAAAAAAAAACACCAACAAGAUGCCUUGCAAAGGAUGCGGAAACAACUGCCAGUGCACAUCGGGCCAGUGCGGAAGUACCUGUGCCGGUAACACCCAGUGCCAAUGCGCCGCCAAAACAGGAGCCAAGUGCUGCAAGGCCAAGUGAUUGUGCGGCCACUUGUUGUAAUAUGAAUAGUACUUAAUUAGUUCCCAAAUCCCCGACUGAUCCUAAUGCAAAUCUGAAGCUAAAUAAAACACACAUUAUGUUAUAGUUCAAUUAAA